AUGAGUUUGCGUUUGCCUGCCCGUCUUCUUCUUUUGGGAGCUCCUGGCUCAGGGAAAGGAACUCAAUCCUCUCGGUUACUCAAGGUCUUUCCCCAGAUCGACGCUUUGUCCUCCGGUGAUAUUUUGCGUAACGAAAUUUUGCAAAAGACACCCUUGGGGUUGGAGGCCUCCAAAUUCAUGCAAAGGGGUGAAUUGGUUCCAGACUCCACCAUUGUGGGUGUGAUUGCCAGCCGCAUGAAACGUGAACAGACUUCGGCCGAUUCUGGAAGCUGGCUCCUUGACGGAUUUCCUCGAACAAAAGUCCAGGCCGAGGCUCUUGACGGUAUGUUAGGCCAUGAGCAGAACAUCAAUCUUGUGGUGGAAUUGGAUGUGGACCAGGAUGUCAUCUUGCAGAGAAUCGAGUCCAGAUGGGUCCAUCCAGGGUCGGGCCGCGUUUAUAAUAUCGACUACAAUCCUCCAAAGGUUCCUUUCAAAGAUGAUGUGACUGGUGAGCCACUCGUGAAGAGACCAGAUGAUACUGCGGAGGUGUUCCAGAAGAGAUUGGACUCGUACAAUACCAUGCUCCAUCCUUUAAAAGAGUACUAUUCGGGAAAAGACGUCUUGGUUUCUCUCAAGGGGAACACUUCCGACGUGAUUUUUCCUCAAUUGAAGUCGCUUAUUGAGGAUCGAUUCUCUUGA